AUGCCACUAAGGUUUCUUGAAGUUUGGGUGACGCUUGGGCCAAACCAUGGUUUGAUAAGCACUGCAGCCGGCACAUCCAUAGUAACAGUAGUCAACGGAGAGAAGUCUCACAGUGUUGCAGCUGAGGAACAACCUCCGAGAUCAUCAGUUGCCAACGGAGGGUUGGUGCUGCUACCUCUCUUUCGGAUAGUGCGACAGCCAGAUAAUAAUAACAGGCCUCGAAACACGAGCCUCCAGCAAAACAAGGACAAGUUUUCAGAUGGAGCUUACUCCAUCCCGCAGCGCUUCUGGACCAGGCUGGAAAUGUUGGUUGGAGCUUGGCGGAGGGUGGCUGUUGAAACUGACGUCUGUGGACAUAAGGUGGACUAA